AUAUUUUAUAGAUGUAUAUCCAGUUGCAGAUGCUUAAUAAUCGGCUGGGAUUGUUUUUGUUGUGUAUGUGCAGAAAUGAAAAUAUUCUCCUGAAAUUCAUCACCAACAACCAGGAUAUUUAUCAAAAGAUCAAAGUUAAACUGCUGAAAGAGGUGAAGCACAAGCCAUCCAGAAGAAUCUCCAGAACACGCAGAAAUUGUUUGCUACAUUUAACAGACAAAUAAAGCAAAGUCCCGACAUGGAGAAACAUCAGCACUCUGUCAAGAGUUUUACUAAACAGAGUGAUCUCAAAAAACACCAGCGCAUUCACACAGGAGAGAAACCGUAUUACUGCUCAGACUGUGGAAAGAGUUUUAAUCAACAGAGUAAUCUCAAACUGCACCAGCGCAUUCACACAGGAGAGAAACCGUACCACUGCUCAGACUGUGGAAAGAGUUUUAAUCAACAGGGUCAUCUCAAAAAACACCAGCGCAUUCACACAGGAGAGAAACCGUAUCAAUGCUCAGACUGUGGGAACAGUUUUAAUCAACAGGGUAAUCUCAAAAAACACCAGCGCAUUCACACAGGAGUAAAACCGUAUCACUGCUCAGAGUGUGGGGGGAGUUUUAAUCGGCAGAGUCAUCUCCAACAACACCAGCGCAUUCACACAGGAGAGAAACCGUAUCACUGCUCAGACUGUGGAAAGAGUUUUAAUCAACAGAGUAAUCUCAAACUGCACCAGCGCAUUCACACAGGAGAGAAACCGUACCACUGCUCAGACUGUGGAAAGAGUUUUAAUCAACAGAGUCAUCUCAAAAUACACCAGCGCAUUCACACUGGAGUAAAACCAUAUUACUGCUCAGACUGUGGGAAGAUUUUUACUACCCAGAGUGAACUUAAACAACAUCAGCGCAUUCACACAUUAGAGAAACCAUAUUACUGCUCAGACUGUGGGAAGAGUUUUACUACACAGAGUGCUCUCAAAAUACACCAGCGCAUUCACACAGGAGAGAAACCGUAUCGUUGCUCAGACUGUGGGAGGAGUUUUACAGCACAGAGUAAUCUCAAAAAACACCAGCGCAUUCACACAGGAGAGAAACCGUAUCACUGCUCAGACUGUGGGAAGAGCUUUAAUCGACUGGGGACUCUCAAACUGCAUCAGCGCAUUCACACAGGAGAGAAACCGUAUCACUGCUCAGACUGUGGGAAGAGUUUUAAUCAACAGAGUCAUCUCAAAAUACACCAGCGCAUUCACACUGGAGUAAAACCAUAUUACUGCUCAGACUGUGGGAAGAUUUUUACUACCCAGAGUGAUCUUAAAAAACACCAGCGCAUUCACACAGGAGAGAAACCUUAUUACUGCUCAGACUGUGGGAAAAGUUUUACUACCCAGAGUGCUCUCAAACAACAUCAGCGCAUUCACACAGGAGAGAAACCGUAUCACUGCUUAGACUGUGGGAAGAGUUUUAAUAAACAGAUUAAACUCAAAAUACACCAGCGCAUUCAUACAGGAGAGAAACCGUAUCACUGCUUGGACUGUGGGAAGAGCUUUAAUCGACUGGAGACUCUCAAACUGCAUCAGCGCAUUCACACAGGAGAGAAACCGUAUCACUGCUCGGACUGUGGGAAGAGCUUUAAUCGACUGGAGACUCUCAAACUGCAUCAGCGCAUUCACACAGGAGUAAAACCGUAUUCCUGCUCAGACUGUGGGAAGAGUUUUACUACACAGAGUAAUCUCAAAAUACACCAGCGCAUUCACACAGGAGAGAAACCGUAUGAGUGCUCAGACUGUGGGAAGAGUUUUACUACACAGAGUUAUCUCAAAAUACACCAGCGCAUUCACACAGAAGAGAAACCGUAUCACUGUUCAGAUUGUGAGAAGAGUUUUGCUACACAGAGUCAACUUAAAAAUCACCAGCGCAUUCACACAGGAGAGAAACCGUAUCACUGCUCAGUCUGUGGGAAGAGUUUUAAUCAACAGAGUCAUCUCAAAAAUCACCAGCGCAUUCACACAGGAGAGAAAACUGUCCCAAAUUUGUUCCACGGCAAUAAAAAGCGCAAAUCGUAAAUCUUUCAGACAGAACACCUUAUCCUACACAAAUGUUUCACUUUGUCACUUGGGACUCGUUCCACCAGAACUGAAUUUAACAAUGGAUUUUACAGGUUCAGCAAAAUUAAUCUUAUCCAGCGAUCAUGUUUAUUGAAUUCCAUGUUAUGUUUUCUUAUAUGUUCGAUAUUCCAGAACAUUCUUCGUUAGACAGAGCUCAGUUUUUAGGGUAGUUAUGGAAGGAGUUUAGUUCUGAAGAAGGGAUAAACUUAGUCUUUAAAAUUAAGAUGUCAUAGUUAGAGUAGAAUUCUUAGCUGGGAACUAAACAUUUAGGACCAAAUCUUCAGAGCUUAUGAUUUUAAUCCCCUUUCUAGUAUAUGCAGAUUUGAUUAUUUCCAUGAAUUUCUAGUAUCUCUGUUUUCACUCUGUGGAAGCCGUCCUCAGUUCCCCAAGCUUAGCAUAGCUUAGCUUAAUACUAUUAACCACUAGGCCCAUCUGCAUGAAAGAAGAAGUGAAAACACCACCUGAGGAACUCCAGAGAGUGCUCCCAAAAGUGAGACCCAGAGCCACAGAGAGACGAGUGCCGGGUACUGCCGUGUGGACCGGAGGAGUAUCCAGACUCUGCAGAGAGGCCAACAAAUUCCUUUCCAGAGGUUAAAUAAAACGCUCCAUCUGUAGUUCCCAUACUGAAAUCAACCUCCUCCAGGCUUGUGUAGCGCAGUGAGGUUGUGGGCUCAUUCAUUCCCUCUGAUGGUGUUCUUGUUUGUCUAUGGUUCAGUUGUUCUGAUUAAAAAUCUGUUAGCAUAGAGGGAUAUUUGGUUGUUGUAUUAUUCACGUUUUAUGCUCUCUUAUCUUUUCCUUAUUGAAUAUUAUAUGUUGCUAAAGGUUUUUAAUCUCCAAAAUGUACUAAGAAUAUCCAAAUCAUGUAGUUUCUUAAUUGUUUUUAUCCACUACAAACUAUUAUCUUUGUAUUGCUUCACCUCUAUAUUUACUCUUCUGUUUGUUUUAAUAAACGGCUUUUAGAUUGCAGAUCUGCAAUCUCAUUGUGUUUUCUCAACAUAAGUUUGACAUGAAACCUAUAGGCCUGAGAUUGUCUUGUUAUUAUUUGUUAAAUACUCAAAGGCGCCCAACAGAGAAAUCCAGUGUAAAAUGGAUUUGUGUUAAAGUGUAACAUAAUAGUCAAUUUAAGAUUGAAAUUCGGAAAAAGAUGUUUUUUUUUUGUUGGUUCAGGCUUAAAAGGGUUAAAUAUACAAUUACUUCCAAAGGUAGAGUAGCAUGUGUUUAACUUGAUUUCAUGUUUAUAAAGUUUUUUAUUGUGA